CUUCAGUGUCAACCGAAGACCUGAGGCACUGGAGGACAUGAAGAAACAAAGUAAAAUGAAAAUUCGUCCUGCCACAUGUAAAAGAUGGAGGUCCUGGCGAACGUGGGCGAGGAAGCCAUGGAGACGGAGGGGUCCGCCGUCAUGGCAACCCUUCUCAACAGCAGCCUGGAUGGCUCUGCCAACUUCACCAACCUCACCUUCUUCCCCUACUACCAACACUCCCUGUACGUAGCAGCCAGCUACAUCCUGGCCUACUCCUUCAUCUUUCUGCUGUGCAUGGUGGGAAACGUCCUUGUUUGUCUGAUCGUCAUGGAGAACCGAUGCAUGCGCACAGUGACCAACCUCUUCAUCCUCAACCUGGCGGUCAGCGACCUCCUGGUGGGCAUCUUCUGCAUCCCUACGACUCUGGUGGACAACCUCAUCACGGGGUGGCCCUUCUCCAACACAGUGUGCAAGAUGAGUGGGUUUGUGCAGGGCGUGUCCGUGUCGGCCUCGGUCUUCACCCUGGUAGCGAUUGCCAUUGAAAGGUUCCGCUGCAUUGUGUAUCCUCUCCAGCCCAAGCUGACUCUGCUCGUUGCCAAAGUAGCCAUUGUGUCCAUCUGGGUGUUAGCCGUGGCUAUUAUGUGUCCCGCGGCAAUAGCCCUGACUGUGGAGAAAGUCCCUUUCCAUUACAUGGUCUACAAUGAUGACUUCAAUCACACGCUGCCCCUUUACACCUGCUAUGAAAACUUUGCCAACCCCCACAUGAGAAAGGUCUACACGGCGGUUCUCUUCGCCCACAUCUACCUGGUUCCCCUCGCCGUGAUCACGCUGAUGUACGUGAGCAUCGGCGUCAAACUCUGCUCCCCCGUUGUGGCGAACCGAGAGCCCCAGUUGGGAAACAUCACGGUCCAGCCGGGAGGCAGGAGACACGCUCAGCAAGUGAUCUCCCAGAAAAAGAUCAAGGUCAUAAAGAUGCUCAUCGUGGUGGCGUUGCUGUUCAUGCUGUCCUGGUUGCCCCUCUGGACCCUCAUGAUGAUGGCGGACUAUGGUGGACUGGACAGGGACCAGCUGGACCUCCUCACCAGCUACAUCUUCCCCUUCGCCCACUGGUUGGCCUUCUCCAACUCUAGCGUCAAUCCCAUUGUCUAUGGCUACUACAACAAGAACUUCAAGCGGGGCUUUCAGGCGGUGUGCAAGACGAAGCCCUUCUGCUGCGUCGCCUGGCUGCAGUGCAGAAUGCCUCGAUGGGGACGGAGAGGAAGAUCUGCACAAGCGCUGUCGGAAGGGACCGAACUGAGGGAUGGCAGCAACAACCACAGCAACUUUCUGUUGGGACUAAGAAACCGCGUUCACAAUGACAACAAACUGAGCGAAACGCCAGAAAUAAAUAGGAGCUCGAGAAUGGGGUGUAUGGGGGUCCACAAAGGCAGAAGUCUCUCUGAUCAGGGGAUAGAAAUGGCAGCCAUACAUAAGAAAAGCAGUAAUGACGAAGGCUCUGAGAAGGUCAGCUCACUAGCGGUUUCAGUCUAUCAGGCAUGGGAUAACUGAGAUAUACCUGGAACAAAAUAUGAACCAAACAAAGCCAUAACACAGUGCAUUGGUAAAGACGACGUCAUUAUUAGGAUUCUCACUCAAAGCCCACAAACCCUGGAUCAAGU